AUGCCACGGGCUGCACCGCAGCUGCUGGUGGCCCUGGGCUACUCCAAGCUGUACGGCGCGAUCAACCCCUUUGACUGGAUGGAGAUGAUCAGCCUGCAGGGGAAGGCCAACUUUUUCGAGCGCCGCGUGGGCGACUACCAAAAGGCGGGCGUGAUGGCCGGCGCACGCGCGGCGGCGGCUGCGGCGUCGGCUCCCAAGGGUGCAGAGGCCGUUAAUGCCGUCGGCUGCAGCUUCCAAAACUUUGUGUUCACCACUGACGAGGACUUUUGA